UAUUAGAGAGGAUGGCUUUUGUGAAAAACUUCCCACAUGGAAUGGAUAAACGAGUGCUUUUACCAGAGAAGAUUUCAACAUCAGACUGUAAAUCUCUAAGACAGACCAUAAGAUAAAAACUCCUGAAGUGAAAAGCCAUCUUUUUUGUUCACACUGGGUGGAUUAUUCAGGUUCCUUGUUUCCUCUGACACCUAUUUUUAAAUAGACUUUAUAUUUUAGAGCAAUUUUAGGUUCACAGCAAAUUUGAGCAAGAGGUACAGAGAUUUCCCAUAACCCCCAGCCCCACACAUGCCUGGCCUCCUCCCUUCUCAACAUCCCCACCAGAGUGGUUCAUUUGUUAUAGUUGUUGAAUGUACGUUGACACAUCAUCAUCACCCAAAGUCCACAAUUCACAUUAGGGUUCACUCUUGGUGCUAUACCUUCUGCAAAUUUGGACAAAUUUGUAAUGACAUGUAUCCACCAUUGCAUCAUAGAGUAGUUUCAGAAUUCUAAAAAUCCUCUGCGAUCCACUUAUUCAUCACUCCCUUCCCCCUAACCCUAGCAACCACUGACCUUUUGACUGUCUCCAUAGUUUUGCCUUUUCCAGAAUGCCAUAUGGUUGGAAUCACACAGUGUGGAGCCCUUUCAGAUUGGCUUUUUUCACUUUGUAAUAAGCAUUUAAGUUUCCUCCAGGUCUUUCCAUGGCUUGAAUAGCUCCUUUCUUUUUGGCACUGAAUAAUAUUCCAUUGUCCAGAUGUACCACUAUCACCUACUUUAAACCUUCUGACCACUUCAUCUUUGCCCUCUAACCAUUUUAUUACUAAAACACAAGCCAAACUUUGGUAAGGAGUUUGGUGAUGAGAACUCUGGUGAUGAGAAAAAACUGAAAUUAUGAUUUAAAUUGGGGAUUGGAGAUUUUCUGUGGAUAAUUAUCCAUGUCCCACUUUACUAAAGAAAAGAUGAAUUUCAAUUGGAAUGUAAAGUAAUCCUCCCUGAAAAUGUGGAAAUGAAGAGAUCAGUCCCAGGUAUUGGGAGUGUAUUUAUCUCUAGAAAAAUUUUGCCCCCAGAAUGCAUCAGGUUGAGCUGAAAAACACUGGGGGUAUAUUAAAUUCUAUUCUAAUAUUGAAGGGAGAGGGAAAAAAAGAAGGAAAGAAAAAUGAAGCAGAAUGAAAACUAAGGUGAUGAGGGAAGGAGAGAGAAAAGAGAAACUCGUUAACUACAGGACUUUCUGAGCAAGAUAUUUUUCUUCCUUUUACAAGUUAGAAGCUAUUGAAUAAUUCAUGCAGAGCGUGGAAAGGCUGUCUUUUCUCUGGGUGAUGUAUAACUGAGCAGGAGAGAGCUUCGAGUGGGUUCACCACAUCAGCCACCACUCUUGCUUCUGAGCACAGGGUGCUCUCCUCAUGAGCUCAGCUUCUGCUUUUGCAGCCAAGCAUUCUUGCUGCUGCUGCCUGCCUGCCCACCCGCCCGGGCUUGCAGCCCUGCUGCCAGCUGAGAAGUCUCCCUGCAGCUGCUGGCUCCUGCCUAGGACCAUGUGUGUGGAUGCUGCUUAGGAGAAGCGGGCACUUGCUCCUGGCACUGGUCCCAGCUGAGUUUCUCCUGUUGAUUUCUGGACCGCAGAUGCUGUUGCUGAGGAGGUAUUUCCUGGAAUCCCUCUCUCUACAUCGCCAGCUAAGGACCAGCCCCAACACAAGGCAGGCAAGUGUCAGGAUGGGCCGCGCUGCGAGAAGGCGACGCUAGCGAGCGAGGUGUGAAGAGUUGGCCAGAAUGACCAACUCCUCCUCCACGUCCACCUCCUCCACCACCGGGGGAUCGCUGCUGCUGCUCUGCGAGGAAGAGGAGUCGUGGGCGGGCCGGCGCAUCCCCGUGUCCCUCCUGUACUCGGGGCUGGCCAUCGGUGGUACGCUGGCCAACGGCAUGGUCAUCUAUCUCGUGUCGUCCUUCCGAAAGCUGCAGACCACCAGCAACGCCUUCAUCGUGAACGGCUGCGCCGCCGACCUCAGCGUCUGCGCCCUCUGGAUGCCGCAGGAGGCGGUGCUCGGGCUCCUGCCCGCCGGCUCCCCGGAGCCCCCCGGGGAGUGGGACGGCGCCGGGGGCAGCUACCGCCUACUGCGGGGCGGGCUGCUGGGCCUCGGGCUCACGGUGUCCCUCCUGUCCCACUGCCUCGUGGCCCUGAACCGCUACCUGCUCAUCACCCGGGCGCCUGCCACCUACCAGGCUCUGUACCAGCGGCGCCACACAGCGGGCAUGCUGGCGCUGUCCUGGGCGCUCGCCCUGGGCCUCGUGCUGCUGCUCCCGCCUUGGGCGCCGCGGCCCGGGGCUGCGCCGCCGCGCGUGCACUACCCGGCGCUGCUGGCCGCCGCGGCGCUGCUGGCGCAGACGGCGCUGCUGCUGCACUGCUACCUGGGCAUCGUGCGCCGCGUGCGCGUCAGCGUCAAGCGGGUCAGCGUGCUCAACUUCCACCUGCUGCACCAGCUGCCCGGCUGCGCCGCCGCCGCCGCCGCCUUCCCGGGCGCCCCGCACGCGCCGGGCCCCGGCGGCGCCGCGCACCCCGCGCAGGCCCAGCCCCUGCCGCCCGCACUGCACCCGCGGCGGGCGCAGCGGCGUCUCAGUGGCCUGUCGGUGCUGCUGCUCUGCUGUGUCUUCCUGCUGGCCACGCAGCCACUGGUGUGGGUGAGCCUGGCUAGCGGCUUCUCGCUGCCGGUGCCCUGGGGCGUGCAGGCGGCCAGCUGGCUCCUGUGCUGCGCCCUGUCCGCGCUCAACCCGCUGCUCUACACGUGGAGGAACGAGGAGUUCCGCCGCUCCGUGCGCUCCGUCCUGCCCGGCGUCGGCGACGCGGCGGCUGCCGCCGUUGCAGCCACGGCUGUGCCCGCAGUGUCUCAGGCGCAGCUGGGCACCCGCGCCGCCGGCCAGCACUGGUAACCCCCCCAGGGCCCGAGGGAAGCGGAGAUUCCCGGCUUCCACCGUCUUUGGUCACCAUCUCCUCCUUCCCUCCUAAGUGAUCCCCUGCCGGAAAGAAGACUUCCGCGGCAAAGCCAAAAAACCAGGGCAAAGAUUUUGCCUUUGACCCCAGUGGUGUACCUGAACCAAGGCCUCUGCAUAAAUGGGGCCCCCGAAGUCAUUUUGGACGGCCACCUGAUUUUUACCCUUUGUUUCUGUGUUUUAGAGAAAUCCUAAAGUCAACACUCCAGAGACUUCAAGAACUUGCAAACUGCCGUUUUAAUAUAACUGGUUAAUUUAUUUCAACAGAGUUUGUUUUUGAAAAAGAGCUUUCUUAACAUAUAACUCUUCCCACCUUCAUUGUCUUAUAUAUGAAGCGCCUUGAGUGUGCAUGAGCCAAAGGAAGUAAUACUGAGGAAGGAAAUAAUAUGUAGGAGGUAUUUUAGGAGGUAAUCUGUCUUUGAUGAUGCUUAUGUUCCAAUUUAGUCUUUGUUAACCUGGAAGAUUGAAGCUACAAAAGUACACACCAGUGUGAGUUUCCAUUGAGACCUUAAGCCCUUUAUUCUUAAAAGGGUUUUUAUAAAGUCAUUCUUGAAUGCGAUAGAAUCUUAGCCAGUGAGAGAAAAAAAUCAUUUUACACUCCCUUUAUUGCACUCAUAAGAUGGAAAAUCGGCAUUGAGUGUUAACGUGAAAAAUUUGCAGUUAGAUAAUUGAUGGUCUGAGCCAGCGCUUGAAUUUUGAAAAUAAAUAAGGAAGUUAUCUAUUUUAGGUACCAGUUUCACAUUUUCUAUAGCAUGCACACUUGUUGCUAACCUCAUUUUGUAACCAAUUUAUUUGCCUUAUGAGUGUGAUUGCAGCUUUGAACAUUCUGUACUAUAAUGGUUGCUAAGGAGAAUAAGUCCUUCUGUUUCUCUUUAACAUUUAAAAUAUCUCAAUGCACAUGAUAUAAUUAAACACUAAUAAUACCAUGACUGUAUAGCUAAUAUUAGCUGCUAUUGCAUGCUCCUAGAUGCUAGAACUUAUUGGGCAUGUGGUAUGCUAAAGCGAUACCCAUCAGACAAGGACAUUUUACUUCUUCCAGACACCAGAAGAAAUGGCCUUCAGUUAUUUGAAAAGAGACACAGAGACACCUCUGGGUACGUAGAGUUCUUGUCUUGACCCAAUUUAUGAGAAAACUCCCAAUUGGGACUUUAUCUUGCAAAUGGAAUCACAGUCAAGAUGGAUCUGCAAAGCCAGCUGUGCUCUUUUAGGGUUUAAACAAGCCACACAUUAGAAAGCAACACUGUUUUUAUGUAGUUCGUAUAUAUUACCAUAACAUUUAACAUUAAUAUUGUGACUGUUGAAGGAAGUAUAAUAAACUCAGUUAUAUAUAAUGAACGGUUCAAAUGGGAAUCUGUUCUCAAAUGUAUUAUUUGAGGUUUGUCAUUUUCACCUUUGGUUUACUAAAUUUUUCUAGAAAUAUCUGAAAUUCAAAAUUGUGUAAAAUCACUUUAUAAAAAUAAAAUGGGAAGAAAGUGAUUUUAACAACCCAUAUGUUAGCAUUCUGACUGCUAACUGCAUCAGAUCUGGGCCCAAACAGCUACAAUUAACUGCAUAAUUCAGGACCAAAACCGGUUUGCUUUGUUGCCCUCCCGGACAGUUGAAGCCAGGAUAUUAGGAAUGCUUGUGCAUUUGAAUAAUUAUGGGAGCUGCAGGAAAUUUUUGACUUGUUUUUAGUAAAACAAAACAGAACAAAUAUGUUCAUCACCAAUAAUAGAUCAGCAGCCAUUUUAUUAAUCUAUCCCUUUGUGCAUGUACCAUUUCUCUCUUACUAAAGUUUCAUCUGUUCCCAUUUUCUUUGAUUCAAAUAUUUAAUUAAAGUUCAAUAACCAUUCUUCCGUGUUUUUUUCUUCUUUUGUCUCUGGUUUUCUUGCAUAUCUCCUUGAGAACACUGUAACAGAGGACAUGGUAUUCCAAAGCACUAGCGAUGAAAGUAGCUUCUUUUUGCUGGCUUUAUCUCAUUUUAUUUUUAGUUUCUAAAAUUAUUUCUACUUGCCAUAAUUAGAUAAAAGUCCAUAUACUAGCAUUCAAAAGAAAUAAGUAUAAUUUCCUUUCUGUAAGCUUUGGGGAAUAGGCUGCAAAAGCAACAGAGAGCUGAGGAUUUUCCUUUCUUGUGGGGAGAGGCAGUUGGGUGACACUUUUAUAAAUCUCUUUCAAAAAAGUCUUCUUCUAGUUGGGCCUUUAUCCUUGCUUUUCACUGUGGAUAUUGCAAAUGAUUUCUCCCGCUGCUCAUAUAAACAUUUGCCAUCCUUUAAUAUAAAUUAGCUUUUCAACUAUAUACCUGUAUCUUGCAAUGUUUCUGGCUAAUGCUGAGAACCAUCUCUUGCUGGCUCCAUGCCACGUGGCAGGCCCACUUUAGAUUAAUUUACUGGUAGUUAACUCCAUAGGACUGAUUCACUUUUAAUUUCAAAGUAGCAAUGAUGUGUCUAAAAUUGCCUUACUAGGGCACUAGCUGUGAGUGUUGGAGUUAUUGCUUUUACAAAUUAAGCUAAUGGAGAUUGUGUUUUUACUUAAAUGAAACCACAUAUUAUCCACUCAGGAAUAAAAAAUCCUAAUUGCUGUCGUGGGCUGCCCUACUUUGUCUUUUCUAUUCUUUUCUUUCCCUUUAGGUAUAUGCCUAUUAAGGCAUAUAGCACCCGCCUCCCUUCCUCAGGCGUUUUCUUUCUUUCUUUUUUCACAUGGACUAGAAAGAAAGUUUAUCCCCAUGCAUGUUAAUGGCUAAAUGCUUGGAUGUAAUAGGUAUUAUCACUAGCAUUUCCAGUCUUCCACAAUGACACAUGUGAAUAAAGACGAAUUGUGUUUUUUA